AUGACGGUGGAGGCAUAUCGAGAUCUGUUCGAUAAGUUAGUACCAUCGUUGUCGCAUCUGCCAAACGAAGUUCUUGAUGAGACAUUCAUGAACGGUUUGGCGACAUGGAUAAAGGUGUUGUGUGAGAAGUUCAAGUUCAAGCAGUUCAAGUCAUCCAUGUACAACGCUGUUGUAAAUGGGUUGGCAGAGGCAUUCAACAAAACAUUGUGUAACUUGCUAAAGAAAAUUGUCUCUAAGUUAAAGAGAGAUUGGCAAGAGAAGAUCAAAGUCACACAAUACACUCUUGUCUAUGGAGUAGAAGUUUCCCUCCUUUUCGAAAGAGAAAUUCCGUCAUUAAGGAUAGCGGUGCAAAAGGGAUUGACUACAGAAGACAAUGCUAAGUUAUGUCUUCAAAAGUUAGAAGCACUUGAUGAAAGACGAUUGGAAGCUCAAUAA